CCGUGUAUCGGUAUUUUUAUUAAUUGCUUACCCGAUACUACAUAUGGCCGUCGGUUAUACUUGGCCAUCGAUUAGGAUGUGUAGUUAGAGUCGAGCCAAGUUUUUGGUUCUGUUGCCGGGGACAUUCUACGUUAUCGGGAAAAAGGCUUAGGUUGUUACUUUAACCGUUUUGUUGUUUGUUUGAUUUUUUUUUUUUUGUAUUUUUGUGUUUGUAGGUUGAAUCAUGGAUCCCAAUGACUUCUACAACAUGUGUGGGUAUCCACAACGACCCGAAUGGGGGUACUCCAGAGCUACAUGGAGUAAUCAAGAGGGUGGAAGCCAAGGAACCGGGUUCUAUGAUCAACCUUCCUUCCAAGAAGAACAACCAUGCUCAUGGGAUAUCUAGAAGCUUCCACAUACAAAGAAGAUUUCCUUCCACAACCCGAGGUGAAAUCCAAGGUGGAGUUGGCCAUGUAGUCUUUCGUGGGGCAUUCCUCGAGACCAUGUGCCACUCCACAAUUGGAGCUAAAGAGUGAAUUGUAGCUGAUCGUGGAGCAAUUUUCAUGGGGGCACCGAAGAAGGAUGCUCUAAUGCGGAUUUUCCAGUCGUCAACCCUAUCGACUCAUCCUUCCUACGGACAUCGAAGGAGAUCUUUUGAAACACAGAGAGGUUAGGCAGGAUUGUUGAGAAAGCAUGUGCACAACUUGCUGAAAAUCAUCUCCUGCCAUUUGAAGAAGGAGAGGACAUCGAAGAGGCAAGCCAUGAGAACUUUAGAAGAUUACGCUCCAACAUGUUUUCUAACCCCUCCCUCCUCCCGGUUUGACAUUACAAGAAAAGGUGGCACGAGCUUGUGCAAGCCAUCGCCUCUCCUCAUGGGAGGAGAACGAGGACGUUGAAAUGGCGAUCAAUGAAAACCGUGUGGAGCAGGAUAACAAUACCCCGAGUACCUCUUCUUAUCUAUUGAUCUUUAGUUUAGGAAUCGUCAACUGCCCACCUGCCAGACAACAGGUUGACUAGAUAAUGACCGAGCCUAAGUAGCCCAGGAUACCGUGACCCUUGGAAUAUGACUGAGCCACUUUACCGCAUCCCUAGCUAGGUUAUACUUGGCCUUGUUAGGAUUGAUUAGUGAGAGUGCUUUGACUUUAUAAAUUUAAAGCUCGAUUGAAGCAGCGAUCAAAUAUAUUUGGCGAUAUAUUAACCAUGAAGACCAUAAACGGACUCAAAGCAAACCUAAAUAUGGGUUCUAAAUAACACCAUUUUAGGUGUUAUCUAACUCCCCCACACUUCAUCACACCUCCUGACCUUAUGCUUUCUUCAUCAAUGCUCUCGAGAAACUUAUGACAAAUAUGCUCAACUUCUUUUAUCACAUAUACCAGCAACGAAAAUAAGUUCAUCCAAUACGACAAGAUACUAGUAAGAAUUUAUGACAUCAACCGAACCUUUCCUGCCAGACUUAGAGAUUUUACCCUCUAGCUUCUCACCCUCUCAGUUAUUUGUUAAUGAGGACCUUACAAUCCCAUCUCUUAGGGUUCCCCGUGAUUAAAGGAACACGAAGAAAAUGGACAAGUAAAAACCCCACUGGGAAACCAAUAUAGGUUGAAAUAGUUUGCAUUUCUUCCUUUAAUAUACCCCCACACAACAUUUGAAGCUUCAUAAGAUUGCAUUUCAGGCUUGGUAAUAGAUAAUAACUCUCCAAAAGUCUACUUAUCCCUGCUACAACUAGAAUAUAACCAUUUGAAAACAUUAACACGUCGUCUGCAAAGUCGAGAUGAGUGAGAGCCAAUGACUUACAAUAAGGGUGAUAAGGAAUCAAAGAGAAGGAAUAAUACUAUCACCAGCUCGCGAUCUUGUCCAUCAAUUAAAAAAAAAAUAAGAAAGAGAAGGAAUCGAGUAACAAACAAUUCAAAGAGGGAUUAUCAUCUCUUUCACGGUAACUUGUUCCGACUUAUGAGCAGCAUCAAACAUAGCUUUUGCUUUCUCAUGGUGGACAGUCAAGAAGUCACUAUGAAAGUAAGAAUAAAAAGACACCUCUAAAAGUAGAAGGUUAAACCCUUUCAUUGGGGCAUCGAUACUAGCAUUUAUUGCUUUCCAUAAAGCUAAUUAGUGUCAAACCAGAACAAUCAUGAGGGAGAGAGGAAUAAAUGGACUGCUACCCACCAAAUUUAUCCAUGCAUUUGAAGUGAUUCUGCUGCUGCCACAUACCAAAGAUUCAGAUAAGUAAGCCAACCAACCGUUCUUAUCAAAUAGAAAGAGAAAGGGUCACUGCUACCCUCCAAAUUCUCAUAUAUUUGAAGCGAUUCUGCGACUACACGCUGCAGAUAAUAAUAUAAGCAAACGAACCAUUCUUAUAUCAUAUAGAAAGAGAACAUGUUGGAUACUGAACACCAGCAUAAUAUUUAGUUCAAAGCAGCUGAGGGAGACACCCCUAUGUAAGAAACAAAGCCAAAUGCA